AUGCAGCGGUGCGCCACGCUCCUUGCACCUCGCAGUCGGUGGCCCACUGGGCUGGACAGGGACCUCAUGGACGUCCAACACCUGCAUCCCAUGCCUCCACCAGCAAUGGCAGCAGUGCCUGGCACACACACACACACACUCUCCCUCUCUCUCUCACACACUCACACCCGCGGACACGAACGCGCAUCUGGACACAAGCUGGAGGCAGGUCGACGCACUGAGACGGACCGGACUAGCCCACUAGGGCCGCUGCAAGAGCACACACAUACUCUCCAUGGAUCGAUGCAGGAGCAUCAACACCAGCCGGAGGAGCAUUUCACCUCGCGGACUCCCCACGCCGAGAAGGCCACCAAGGUCCUCGGGAAAUGGGACAGCCCAUAA